CAUCGAGGUGGCGGAAGUAGACGCUACUGUUGGCAAGGAUACGAAAAACAGAGCCCUGCUGUGGCGAAGGUAAGCGGGAGGUCGCCAUGGCGGAUAGGCGGCACCGUGUAAGAAUUUAUGUCUUAAGUGACGACCAUUUAUGGGACAACAUAGGAACCGGGCAAAUCUCAAUCAGUUACGUAGAGCGGCUGCAGGGCAUGGCUCUGCUUGUUCGAUCAGAGACUGAUGGCUCGCUGCUCUUAGAGUCAAAGAUAAAUCCCCAAACCCUCUAUAAGAAACAGCAAGGGGUUCUGAUAAUUUGGUACGAAGCUGAGAAUCAUGGUAUGGCGCUGAGCUUCCAGGACAUCGCAGGCUGUCGUGAGAUCUGGGAGGGCAUUUGCCAAGUCCAAGGUAAAGACCCCACUGUCAAAGAUCCUUUAGACAAAUCAGAACGGCCGGUUGAAAAGGCAGAUACCAGUACUCUAAUUAAACUGCCUGUCUGUGAACUCAAUACGCUUGAACAGAUUGCAAACUUAGUUACUUCGGUACUUGCCUCACCUAUCCUUAGGGAAAGGCUAGCUCGGAUCUUGGAACAUGAUAAUUAUAUUAAAAAACUACUGCAGCUGUUCCACACUUGUGAGGACCAGCAAAACACUCAAGGGUUACACCAUCUGCAUGACAUUAUUAAAGGAAUCUUAUCCCUCAACAAGACAACCCUCUUGGAGAUUUUAUUUUCUGAUGAGUGUAUCAUGGAUGUGGUUGGAUGCCUUGAAUACGACCCUGCUUUGGCCCAACCAAAAAAGCAUAGGGAAUUCUUAACCCAAAAUGCAAAGUUCAAGGAAGUUGUACCAAUAACAGACUCUGAACUUAGAAAAAAAAUACAUCAGACAUACAGAGUACAGUACAUUUAUGACAUUCUUUUACCUGCGCCUUCCAUGUUUGAAGAGAAUUUUCUGUCUUCUCUUACAACUUUCAUUUUCUUCAACAAAGUUGAGAUAGUCAGCAUGCUUCAGGAAGAUGAGAAGUUUUUGUUUCAGGUUUUUGCACAGUUAAAGGAUGAGACUACAGAUAAUGAUAAACGGCUUGAACUGAUGCUUUUUUUCAAGGAUUUUUUUGCAUUUUCUCAGACUUUAGAGCCUCACAGUAAGGAUAUGCUGUUCAAAACAUUGACACAAUUGGGAAUUCUUCCUGCUCUUAAAAUGGUGAUGAACAUGAGUGAUUUGCAAAUUAAAACAGCUGCUACAGAUAUAUUUACUUAUCUAAUGGAGUAUAGCCCGUCCAUGAUCCGAGCAUUUAUAAUGCAAGAAGCAGAAAAGAGGGAGGAUGAAGACCUUUUUAUUAAUAUGAUAAUUGAACAAAUUGUUGGUGAUACUGAUCCUGAGCUAGGAGGUGCUUUUCAUUUGGUGGGACUUCUUCGUUGUCUCCUUGAUCCAGACAACAUGCUGAUAACAAUUAAUACGUGUGAAAGAAGUGAAUUUCUCAAUUUUUUUUAUAAACACUGUAUGCAUAACUUGAUAGCACCACUUUUGGCCACCACUUCAGGAAGCAAAUGUGGUGAAGGUAAUAUAGUUGGGUCUGACAAAUACAAACAUUCCUCUAAUAAUUAUCAAACGGCACAGCUGCUUAAUUUAAUUUUGGAACUACUCAUAUUUUGUGUGCAACAUCACACAUAUUAUAUAAAGCACUAUAUUUUGAGCAACGAUUUGCUAAGAAGAGUCUUGAUGUUGACUGAAUCAAAGCACACCUUUCUGCUGUUGUGUGCUAUCCGUUUUAUGAGAAGGAUGAUUGGCCUUAAAGAUGAACUGUAUAAUCGUUACAUCAUCCAGGGAAAUCUUUUUGAGCCAGUGGUAAAGGCUCUUCUUGACAAUGGAACUCGGUACAAUAUGUUGAAUUCGGCUAUUAUUGAGUUGUUUGAGUACAUAAGAGUGGAAAACAUCAAGUCUCUUGUUGUACAUGUAGUUGAGAAUUAUAAUGUACUUCAAUCUAUUGAGUAUGUGAAGACAUUCAAGGGACUAAAGAUUAAAUAUGAACAAGAGAAACACAGACAGAAUCAAAUACGGGAGAAUUUACAUUCCAUGCUAUAUAGUAAAAUACUUUGCCAAGGGGUCAGUGUCUUGGAUAUGAAGGAAGAAGUGGGUUUUAAUGAAGAUAUGAAAGAUGCAGUUUUACCACCACUGGAAAAUGACUUUCCAGAUGAUGAUACAUUUAUGGAGACUGAAGUGAGUGAAAAUGAAGACAAGGUGAACCUUCCCAAAAGAACAUCUUCUGGCGGCUUCAAAUUUUCUUCCUGUCAUUCUGCAAAUCCUGAUGUUGGACCAAGUAGCGAAGACAGAAGCAGUGUGGUUGAUGUACUGGACAAUCCUGACACUGAAGAAAAUGAAAACAAUGAAGAAAAUGAAAACAAUGAAGAAACAGCAACCCCCAGAAAAAGACCACAUUGUAGUUCAUAAAAUGUUUAUGGGAGACCCUCAACAUGUGAUUCAACUAAAAUUCUAUAAAAUGCCAAUAAGCUGAAAAAUCUGACUACAACAGCUUUCUCAUAUGAACUUAUACAAUAAGAAGCAAAUGUGAAGAACUAAGAGGGUUUAAUUGUAGAAGUAAAACAAGACUUCCCAUAAAACACUAAAAAAUGUAGCGAGCACUUGAGUAUUCUUUUUUUUUUUUU